ACUCAACUUUAUUCGUAUUCCCUUCUUCAUCUAAAUCCCAUAAAGAUUUGCCAAUAAAAAGCGUGGGAAGUUGCCCAUAGAAUUAGAAUCACUCCCUUCUCCUUUUCUACAAUCACCGCUAUCAAAGCUCUGAAUUCAGAGAAAGGAGAAAAAAAAUGGCCAGAAACUAUGGCUUUCUUGUCUGCCUCUUGAUCAUGAUUUUGGACAUUAUUGCUGGGAUUCUUGGCAUUGAAGCUGAAAUCUCUCAAAACAAGGUGAAACAUUUGAGGAUGUGGAUUUUUGAGUGUAGAGACCCAAGCUAUCAGGCUUUCAAGCUAGGGUUGGCUGCAAUUAUACUUCUACUCCUUGCUCAUGUUAUUGCUCAGUUGCUUGGUGGUUGCACUUGCGUUGGGUCCAAGGCGGAGUUCUCAAAUUCCACACCAAACCAGCAAUUAGCUAUUGGUUCUCUCAUUUUCGCUUGGAUCGUAUUAGUCAUUGCAUUCUCGAUGCUCAUCAUAGGAACAAUGUCGAAUUCGAGAUCAAGAAAAUCUUGUGGGAUAGCACACCAUAGAUUCCUGUCUAUAGGAGGGAUUUUAUGCUUUGUUCAUGGACUAUUUGCAGUUUCCUAUUAUGUGUCUGUCACUGCUGCCCAAAGAGAAAAACAGAGACUACAGCCAAGGAACCCUGCUGGAGGUGCUGCAGGGCCUACAAACACCGCCUCUGUUUAAUUUUACAGUACUAUAUUUUUCUCUUUUUGUCAAGUUUGAACUCUUUAAUUGAAAUAAGCUUUACAUACAUCAAAGCACAGGAGUGCCUUUAUUUAAUUGGUUGUAAUUUGUAGGAUGAUUGUUUGAAAACAUUGUUUUCCAAUUACUUUUUUAGCGGUAACCUUUUGAAAUUUGAAGGAAAA